GAAACGUUAUCUAAACCCUGUAACCUCUCGUCUGCGGUCUGCCAUCCGCCUCGAAGCACCACACACACCAAUGGCCGCCUCCAGCGCCGACCCGGCUCAGCACCACGCCUCCUCGAGGCCGCCACUCCUCCUCGCCGUACGCCACCUGCCCUUCCCGGGCGUCCCCCGAACACGCACGUUCCCCGUCCCCGGCCCCGACGUCCUCGCCCCUCUCGCCCGCCGCCUCGAGGAGCUCGCGUCCGCGGCGGCCGCCCACCCGCUCCUGAAGCCGCUCUUCGCCGCCCACUCCCACCUCUCCUCCUUCUCCCAGGGCAGGAGGCGUCUGGUGGCGGCGCGGCGUGCCACGGUGCUGUCGUCCGGGGAGCUCUGCUUCGCGGCGGUGCUCGGGGACUCGGUGGCCGGGACGGUGGUGGCCAGCGGCAUCAAUAACUUCCUCAACCUUUACAACACGGUGCUCGUCGUCAGGCUCGUGCUCACCUGGUUCCCCAACACGCCGCCCGCCAUCGUCGCGCCUCUCAGCACGAUACUCGCUUUCCUCGUCCUCAACGCCUUCACCAGCACGGCCGCCGCGCUUCCCGCGGAGCUGCCAAGCUGCUCGGCAACGGCGCAGCAUCACCAGAGGACUGCUGUCUCACCCUGCUCGGCGCCGCAUGAGGCGACGCUCAGCCAGAGGAAAUGGAUGCGGAGAAUGCGGUCACAGAAGCCACAGGGAGACGAUGGUGAUCACUAGGACUCGUGAGCCCGUGGAUGUGUUCCUCAAAUCGUCAGUGCCUUGUUGUUACCAGGCUGGGGACCAUGCUUCGCAUCAGACGCUCGAGGUCUGCACGGCACUGUGUCGGACAUGCAUGCUCUAGCUCUCUGGUCAUCGGACGCAAACUCUGGCAUUGCCGCAUGCAGAAUUCACUUUGGUCAUAACGUUGCUUCAAAUGUUUUUUUUUUUGGCGGUGUAAUGCGUUGGUGUUGUUGCGGAACUUUCUUCCUUUGAGGGUUGUGCUUUAUGCAAAGUAUGUAGAGGAACCUGCUUGACUAUUACUAUCCCGCAACAUGAUGCCUGUUCUCAGCUCCACA